UUUAUCCUGCUCGGAAUGAGAAUUGUCAGCAUUCCACAUACCUGGACGUCAAAAAUCCGGCCAUGAAAAUAUGCCCGAUGUGUACGUUAGUGAACAAGUGUCAGUGCAAGGGACCGCGAGAGGUGGACCAGAAGACCAUGGACGUAUUCAACUAAAUGGGGCUUUUUGAUCGGCUAAUGAUCCUCGAUGCAAAAGGUUAAUAACUAGUGAAAUAAGACAGAGAUGUUUCUUGGAUGAACUGCUCCCAAAAAUAUCCAAAAGUGUUAGGAUUUGUUAGCUUCACUAAAUUAUUCAAGCUGUGAUGCUCACCUGAAUGUCUGCAUUGAGGUCUAUGCAAAUCACUGGUUAAGGUCUAGAGAACAUGAUAUAUUACUAAGAUGAAAUUGGCCUGGAUGAGCUAGAUUUGCACUCUUUGAAUAGGACACGAGAGCGUACAGGUAAGACCGGACCUGAUAAAAAGAAAACUCCUCUUUUUACUGAAGAUGAUGAAGACAGCUGGAGAGAGCAGGUAAAAGUUGUUCAGCCAAAUUACGCUGUGAAAUGUGGUGGAAACAUGACUUUGGACUGAUAUUCGCAACUGUGCAUAACAAAUAGAGCCCGGUACUUUGGUGAACAUCUGGAAACCAGCGAGCAACAUACUCUCAAAGAACUGGACAGUGAAUUGGACGAAUACAAGAACACAUUUGGACAGAUUUCAUCUAACAAGUUAACUGUUGCCUCAGAUAACCAAAAUCAGAAUGAGGACGCAAAUGUUGCCUGGACAGAAUCAACCUCCCUAAUAUCAGCGUUUAAGAAAGUGCACAGUGUUACCGUGGGACUGAAACAGGCAAGUGCCUUCCUUAGGGACAACACCAUGUUCAUUGUAGAUCGGCUAGCUGAACCGCUGCGGGAGAUGGAUCAUAAUGAGUUUGUUCGUAAGGUGCGCAAAAGCAAGGACCCAGGCACAUCGUUGAAUAAGAAGUUCAAGAACCAGGAAUACACAGUGAGCUCCCUGCCUAUUCUGAUGUUUGAGGACAGCCCCAAACCUGAGCAUGUCUGGGCAGACAUUGGUGUCAUAGGAACAAAGUCUUUCCUUUUUACCCAUCGCGCUUGCCCGGACCAACUUGUGAUGCACAUCGUCCCAGGGGCACUAGAGCUCGCAGAAUAAAAGAAAACCCGGACUGUGAGUUCUGUACACGGCGGGUCAGAACAGAAAAGAUCAUUCAUUAGCUGCUACGGCAUGGUCUGGAUCCGGAUUUAGCCAGACACAUGUCAGUUUCCUUGAUGGAAGCAGUGGAAAGAGACAUGGAUCGAUUAAAUCGUCUGAAAAGAAACAACAAUGGCAAUAAAAAAGGGGAAACGGUCAAAUUCUCCUCCAACACCAGCUCCCAGUGACACAAAAUGUCCGUCUCCACCAAGUAAGGAAAAUUUAAUGAAGUUUCAGGAACUUCUUGCAGAUUUACAUAGGCUUCGUGUGGAUGAAGCUCAAAAGAAGAGGGUAGAAGAAAUUGCUUUAGAGAGAGCCCAGAGAAAAGCUCUGGAAGCGGCUGCUAUGGAUGAAGGGACGGUGUUUCUGAGGGAGUCAUUUGUGAAUGGGCAGCUUGUCGUGGAGAAAAUGGACAUGAAAGCAGAGCGAGGACUGUACGAUGAUGAUAGAAUAGACGAGAAGGAAGAAACAGGGAAAGCAGUUGAGAAUGGGAAGGGUAGACAGGAGGAAGUGGACAAGAAUGGUAAGAUUUUGCCAGGAGAGAAGAAGAAGAAGCGAAAGAAGGCAGCUCAGAAGGGGAUUGUUGUUGGAGACAGUCCUAGCUUCAAGCAGUGUGGGAAAUGUGGCAAGAUGAACAGAAAAAGAAGUAAUUUUAGAAAUGCAAAAAGUGAGAAUGGAUAA